AUGGGAAACUCUUCCAGCCGUAUAACGGCCCAAGACCAGUCCGUUCCUUCCGACAUCAACCCACCACCCUUGCCUUCCGUGCUGAAGGAGAUCCAUGCGGAGAUGGGGGGGAUCGAGAAUGUGGAGAAGUUGAUGGGGGAGACGGAAGAGGCGAUUGCUUAUCAGAGGGAAGUCAGCGAGAUUAUCGCGGGUAGGAUAUCCGUGCAGGAUGAAGAAGAGGUCGAGGAUGAGCUUGCCGCGCUCGAGGCCGAGGUUUCCAAGAAGGAAAGGCCGCAACGGCUACCGAACGUACCUGAUACCCAGCUGCCGGCCCAGAAUAAUGUGGGGGAGGAGGCGCAAGCCGAACAGGCCGGCCGGAACGCCCAGACGGAGAGACAGGCGAUGUUGGCUUGA